AUGCAGAUGCAGGAGGAUGAGAUUCAGCUGCUGAAGAUGGCCCUGGCCGAUGUCCUCAAGAGACUCAACAUCUCAGAGGAACACCAGGCCGCCAACACCAAGAAAGGACCUGCUGGGCCGCCAACACCAAGAAAGGACCUGCUAACUCAAUCUAUGGUUGUGCUCCCCAGAUGAUCGUAGCUCUGCGGCGAGCGGCAUAGAUGUGGCGGACUGCCUGACGUACCUGGAGAAGUGGCUUUAGCUCAGUGGGCUAACACAGUUUUGUGUGGCUUUAGCUCAGUGGGCUAACUCAAUCUAUGGUUUUGCUCUCCAGAUGACCGUAGCUCUGCGGCGAGUGGCAUAGACGUGGCGGAUCGCUUGACGUACCUGGAGCAGAGGAUGCAGAUGCAGGAGGAUGAGAUUCAGCUGCUGAAGAUGGCCCUGGCCGAUGUCCUCAAGAGACUCAACAUCUCAGAGGAACACCAGGCCGCCAACACCAAGAAAGGACCUGCUGGGAAAGGUACACAAACACAAGCACAUACACACAUGUUUACACACAUACACACACACACACAUUUACAUUUACAUUUUAGUCACUAAGCAGACGCUCUUAUCCAGAGCGACUUACAGUUAGUGCAUUCAUCGUAAGAUAGCUAGGUGGGAUAACCACAUAUCACAGGCAUAGAAAGUACAUUUUUCCUCAAUAACGUAGCUAUCAGUAGAGUCAGAGCUAGAACGGGGGGGGGGGGGGUCAGAUGUUUUUGGAAGAUGGGCAGGGACUCUGCUGUCUGCUUCAGGGGGAAGCUGGUUCCACCAUUGGGGUGCCAGGACAAAGAAGAGCUUGGACUGGGCUGAGCGGGAGCUGCCCUCCCAUAGGGGUGGGAAGGCCAAGAGACCUGAGGUGCCAGAACGGAGUGCUCGGGUUCGGGUGUAGGGUUUGAGCAUAGCCUGAAGGUAAGGAGGGGCAGUUCCUCUUGCUGUUCUGUAGGCAUGUAGUGGAUGCAAGCUUCGACUGGAAGCCAGUGGAGUGUGCGGAGGAGUGGGGUGACAUGAGAGAACUUGGGAAGGUCGAAAAUCCAGGCGGGCUGCAGCGUUCUGGAUAAGUUGCAGAGGUUUGAUGGCACAAGCAGGGAGCCCAGCCAACAGCGAGUUGCAGUAGUCCAGACUGGAGAGGACGAGUGCCUGGAUUAGGACCUGUGCUGCUUCCUGUGUGAGGUAGGGUCGUACUCUAGGGAGGAUGUAGAGCAUGAACCUGCAGGAGCGGAUCACUGCUUUGAUGUUUUAAGAGAACGACAGGGUGUCGUCCAGGGUCACGCCAAGGUUAUUUGCGCUCUGGGAGGGUGACACUGUGGAGUUGUUAACUGUGUUGGAGAGGUAUUUGAGCGGGCAUGCCUUCCCUGGGAGGAAGAGCAGUUCCGUCUUGUCGAGGUUGAAUUUGAGGUGGUGGGCCGACAUCCAAGUUGAGAUAUCUGCCAGGCACGCAGAGAUGCGUGUCGCCACCUGGGUGUCAGAAGGGGGAAGGAGAAAAGUAGUUGAGUGUCAUCCGCAUAGCAAUGAUAGGAGAGACCAUGUGAGGAUAUGACGGAGCCGAGUGACUUGGUAUAUAGAGAGAAGGGGAGAGGGCCUAGAACCGAGCCCUGGGGGACACCAGUAGUGAGAGUAUGUGGUGCAGACACAGAUCCUCUCCACGUCACCUGGUAGGAACGGCCUGCCAGGUAGGAUGCAGUAAAAGAGUGUGCAUAGCCUGAGAAGCCUAGCUUUGACAGUGCGGCGAGCCUCCGUGACACAAAGAAGAGCAGUCUCGGUUGAGUGACCCAUCUUGAAGCCUGACUGGUUAGGGUCAAGAAGAUCAUUCUGAGAUAAAUAACGAGAAAGUUGAUCAGAGACAGAACGCUCAAGUGUUUUGGAAAAAAAAUAAAGAAGGGUCUAUAGUUUUUGACGUCAGAUGAGUCAAGUGUUGGUUUCUUGAGGAGGGGAGCAACUCGAGCCAUUUUGAAGUCAGAGGGGACACACACACAGACACACACAGACACACACACACACACAUAGAAACAUACACAUACACCCUCUUCACCCAUAUUUCCCCUAUGCAACAGCAGCUAGGCCUGUGUCUCUGGCCCUGCCGUCCAGACCAUCAAUGAACAGCCCUGCCUCUCUGAAGAAGAGUUACACAACCUCCACACUGCCCUCUACAUUCACCGCACGGAACUACAACCCCUUACCACCAGCAUCAGCCAAGAGGUACAGUACACAAUCACUAACCAUCACCUGCGAACACAGAGAGGUACAGUAUGAUUACUAUCCCUCGACUCUAACUCUAGCGCUAGAUACAUUUCAACAAAUUGAUCAUACACUUGCUGUUCUCUCACUUUCUAACGUCCCCCCCCCCUCUCUCUUUUCUCCCCCUCACCCUGUCUCCCUCAGUGGUGUGAAGAGUCCAGUAGGCAGUGUGAAGGAGAGUCCAUGUACCUCUAAGACAGCUCGGCCCGGCCCCCGACCUGGCCCCCCAGGAUCCACAGCCUCCGGCAGUAAGAAAGCUGAAAGGUAGGUACGUCUGUGGCUGUAGGCCUAACAGGGAAGAAGUGUUUAAAUGUGUUCUGAAUGUACUGUUCUGAGUCUAUACGUCUCCUACGUUUUCUCAAAUAGAUCUCUAGAACAGGAGUUACAACUCUGGUCCUUGAAGGUCUACUGGUUUCCAUGCUUGUUUUUCAAUCCGACACUGGCGUAUAUCUGUGUCUGGGUAACCUGGUAUAAAAACAAAAAGCAGCAGUACUGUGACCUUCGUGGACAGGAGUUGUCCAUCCUUGUUCUAGACUAGGGCGUGUGUGAUGGGACCUAACUUCUCCUUUCUCAUUCUCUCCUUGCAGCAAAACCAAGGAGCCUGCAGCCAGUGUAGGUAAGACAAUUAUUUUAAUUUCUACUGUAGUGUGCUCUUCCCACAGGCAGAGAGCAGCACUGAACUGUACAACAGGGCCUUGGGGAGAGGAAUGGCCAGAUUAAUGAAAUGGAAAACAGAUGUUGGUUAGAUUGAUCCUACUGUAACAUGCCAUUGAUAAAUGGUAUGAGUGACAUGUUAGAGUGGAUACUAUACCUCCCACAUAGACUGACCUGCUCUCUCUGUUCCUGUGUUUCUUCUAUAGGGUCGAGACAUGUGACACACUGUAAAGGUAGGCCUCUGUCCAACCUCCUGGAAUAACAUUCUUAACCUCAACUGGAUAUGUUAGUCUAGCUUUAUAUACUAUGACUGUAUUCUCCACCGCCUGUUACUGAUCCCAUGCAUUAUCUAUCUCAGAAAAGACAACGUCUGUCAAGUUUGUCAAGUUUAUGGAAUAAUAUCUACUGAAAGCUAAAAUCUUAUCUGUGACAAAUACAUCUUCUGGUUUCUAAAGUACAAGUAAGCACUGUAUUUGAACACCUGUUUACCCUUGUCUCUCAUUUUCUCACCAUGUCUCAUCAUGACUUCUCUUCCCCUCCCAUUCCCUCUCCACCACACACAUCCUCCCUUCUCCUGCUCACACCUACAAACCUCAUUUCGUCCCAUACUCUCAACCCUCAACCUUCACCCUUACCCCUAAUUUCACCUCUUCACUUAGUGACUAUGCAGAUCUAUCUGAGCCCCCUAACAAGAAGGACUGGGUCUUCUGAAGUGGCCAAAUCAGCCCCCACGGUCCCCAACUCCAGACCAACCAGAACCCCCACCCCUCCUCAGACCAAAGGA